CCGCUAGAAUAACCCUGCAUGCAUCGAAAACACAUUUCCAAGGACAUACAAAGGUAAAUUGCCUACGUAUAAUACUUUUGGACAUCCUCUCCAUCUGUAGGCCUACGUGUUUGCCAGAGGCAAAGGCAGAUGUCCAUGUUCCACUGAUUAAGUCAAGGGAGCCUGUCCAGGCCUCUCAUGGAAGUCAUCUUCAUCCUGUUGAUCCACCUUUUUGAAGGGGAAGCUCACACCAUGAGGGCCCUGGUCGGUGACAACGUCAUUCUGUCGGUCGAUACUCAGACGUCGUCAGACAUCGGCGAGGCUAUAGUGGAGUGGUCCAGGAAAGACCUGGCUCCUGAUAUUGUCCAUCUGCAUGAAAACCGUCGGACCAUUUUUGAACAUCAGAAUCCGGCAUACAGAGGCAGGACGAUGCUGUCAGCAGAAGAUCUGGAGAUGGGAAUCAUCUCCCUCAAACUGCCAAACGUCCGUCAGGCCGAUGAGGGGAACUACACCUGCCUGUUCAAGUCCAAAGAAAACAAGUACUUCGUCCAGCUUCUUGUAGGUGCAGCCUCCUCCCCAGUCAUAACCCUGGAGGAUUACACCAGCAGCGGCCUGGUUCUGGACUGCCGGGCUAAAGGCUGGUACCCAGAACCAAAGCUCUCCUGGUGGAACGCUGAUGGACACCUCCUGCCCGCCGUAACCAUGACUUCCAACCAGGACCCCGACCGACUCUACAACAUUUCCAGCACCGUGGAGGUGGAGUGGGAGAGCCUCAGCAGACCCUUCACCUGUAGAGUUCACCAGGAGCUCUUCAACCAGACCAGGGUGACGGAGAUACACCUUCCUGAGAACAUCAUUUCUGGUUUGGCCCGGUCUUGUGGAACUAGCGAUGGAUGGAUUGCUUUUGGGAUGGUGCUCCUUUUGGUGGCUGUUGUUGUUAUUAUUAUCGCCUACAGAACCCUUUGUAGAAAAUCCUAGAACGAGAUGGAAAGAACGGGCCAAAAUGAAGAUUUGAGAUCCUAAGACACCCACACAAGCAGCCACUGCCCACUAUGUGCCUCUAGCUGCCUGCUACUGCUCGCUAUCUGUCUCUUGCUUGCUGCUAAAGCCCACUUUGUGCCUCUUACUAGCUGCUACUGCUCGCUAUGUGCCUCUAAUGGCGUGUUUCCAACGGUGGAUGCGUUUAGGCCCAGUACGAUUAGGUCCGAUAGUGUAGGUGCAGUUAGGCACAGCCAUGUUGCGGCUCGCGUUUCCUCCACCGACCGAAUACUUUACGGUAGGGUCGGGUUUAAGCCGGAUGGUGAUAGCCCCUGUAGCUACGUAAGCAUCGUGACUUCAUAGAAGCCAGACGCAGUGUUGCCUGCUAAUAAAUCCAAGGAAAAAGAAUUGGGUGACACAAUAAACAAAAAUGUAGGACGUCCAAGAAGGACAGCAAACUUUUGCUUUCAUCCUUGUCCAGAAGUACCUUGGGGGUACUGUGUUUGUUUGUUAUUAUCCCCAGGGCUGGGUAUCGUGGCCAAUUUCCUAAAUUGAUUCGAUUUCGUAAGGUUCAUAAGGUUCUGACUCGAUUAAUCACUAUUCGAUUCAAUCUGCUCUUAAACAAUGAAAAUAGCUCAACUGUGUUACAAAAUACAAUUGUACUUUAAUUUUUCUCUUCAUCUUAAACAACAGGUUUUAAGUGCAAACUUGUAAAUUGGAGCUGUAAACAAAACUGUCUCAUGUCUAAAAAGGACAAUUUUGAAAUAAGAAAGGAAUUGCAAGUGAAAGGGUACUUGAACAACAUUCCAUCACUGCAUAUUGCAUUAAGGCAUUGUUUAUUAAGGUACAAAAAUAAUAAUAAUGGUAACAAAAAAAAAUAUAUAUAUUCGAUCUCAUGCCCUGUGAAUCGAUAUUGCAAAAUGUAAAUUAAAUCGAUUUUUUUACCCAGCCCUAAUUAUCCCCCGGUCGCACGGAAGUGAUGAUUCUGUCGACCAAUUAACGGACGGCGUGUGUAGCUCAAACAUGUUGGCACCCUUUUAGACUGCUUGGUGCCCCAACGGAUGAGCACAGAGAGAUAAGUACGGCUAAGUCUGGUCCCCGCACACUUCUGGCGGUGGAAACGCGAACCGCUCUGCACCUAUUCAUACCUAACCAAACCGCACCCACCGGUAGAAACGCGCCCUAACUAGCUUCUACUUCCAUCUAUAGCUGCGUUCACACACACACGUAAAUCCUGCUAUUCUCCUGAUGGGCCUUAUGUUUGAACGACAUAUCCUGACAUUGCUAUCCCGAAAAUCUCCUGAACCCCUGUGCCUGGGGUACUUUAUCCUUAGGUAAUGUUAAUUACCUUAUAAUUGAAUGAGGAGUAUAAAGUCUGUAUUUCUCACACCACUUGAGUUGGCGUGUUGAGAGUUCAACACGCACGUUCAGAGUCAUUCUUGGCGAAAGCUAAAAGAUAGGUCUUAUCAUAACCCUAAAAGUACACAUCAUUCAAAAAACGACAUAACAUGAGUUCACAGCUGCACGCGUAUAUAUCAUUUUUUUAUUUUUUUUUUAUUUACAACAAUAGCUGAACAUUAUAGGGUCCCGUCCUUUUACUCCCUGUUUUGUCAGUUAAACACAGAAAUCUAUUACAUUUGUCCCUGCAGUCAUUUGCAAUGCCUUUUUCUUCGUUGUUUCUUCUAUUUGUGUCUAACUCAUGCUCCAAUCUUUCAUCGAUCGAUGUGGAUGCAACGGAAUACUAUCUGAUGCAUCGGUGCAGCAACAUUUAAGAUGAUCGCAAUGAGUUCUUUCCGUUCCACCUCCGUGCUGUCUGUGGUCAAACCAAAACCACCUGGAUUGACAGCGGCCGCACUUAUCCCGCCUCUUGCAAGCCCAGUUCGCCGAGCUCUGAACCCCUUUUUGAUUCUACUGAUGUUGCAAUAACAUCGAUGUCCGCAUAUCAAGCGUGAAUAAGUGUGAAUCACCCUCAGGCUCAAAUGUCCUGAUUUACAAAUGCGGCGAAAAGGCAGAGGACAUGUGUGAAAACGACUUGUGUCUCUAACUGAGCAGGCGCGUUGUUAGACCUGGGCAUUCGAGGCUAUAGCCCUGGAUCUUUUGGGAAUAGCCCCGGAUCGCUGUGCCGUCAAAAGUAAAAAGAAAAUAAUGAUGAAGAAAAUACCCCCGUAGAGUAUACUUCUUUGUGGUUGCAUUACCAGUAGCCAGAGAUGCAACAUUGUAAACAGUGAAAACCGCAAAAUUCUGACGUGUCCAUAUAUGGGCAGAUUUAGAAUAAUUUGUUGCAAAUUCACCGGUAUUCUUUCUUCUCUAUGCAUAGUGUAUCACGUCGAUAUGGCUGUUUCGUGCUGCCAGCCUUUUAUUAAGAUCGGAGAGUGUUGAGAAGGACAGUAAUAAAAUAUCUUUGGUAAAACUCUUGCAGAGGCAAAGAUGGGAAAUACUAUCAAAUGUAUUAUUUAAACCAGUAUGAAUAUUACCGUAGGUUACCAGGCAAUUGAAUAACGCCUACACACACACACAAACACACACACACACCCGACCUGAGUCUGACAUGAUGAUUGGUCCUUCCUUUCCUUCUCAAACUACAUUACAAUUGCAUAUUUCGUCAGCCCGAUUUUCAAAUUUUCUCGGAGGACAGACCUCCGAACCCCCCUUUUAAAGGACUGUAACUCCUGGGCUACAGCCCCGAAUGUUUACAACUGCUAGCCACGCUCAUGCAGUGGAGGAACUAUAAGUUCACUUGAGAUGUCAAUUAUAUUAUAAAUUAAAUGGAAUAUAGUAAUACAUCAGGCAUCUGAUAUGAAUUAAAAUACAGUUUGAUCCAACUGCGCAUUGUUUGGUUGAGCACCACCUAGCCACCGUAGGAUAAUUCUACAGGUCUGUGAAAGUCUGCAGGACACUACCAUUAUUGACGCAAAGAAUUGCAAAGAAUUACGAAGCUCACUUCGAUGAGCCAGUAUUUUCUGAAGCCAAUAUGCGUGACUUUUUUAUUGAUGCAUAACUUUAUUAGAACUGAUGAUUCUUAUGCAUAUUUGUGUUUUAGUUACCUUUUUGCUAGAUGUGUAUUUUAGUUUUUGUAAGUAUGGCACCAGGCUGCUUGAGCGUUAUCCCUGUUGGGGAUGAGUUUGCUUGUAUCAGGUUAGUGAUGUGGUGUUCUGUGCUAUACUUUUUUUGAUACAAUACUAUGUAGAUCAACUGUUAUUCUGGAUGCUAGAAGCCAUUACCCUGGCGGUUUGUUUACAUUAAUGGCAUCACUAGAAUUCCGUUACCAUUUUGACUCCGUUUCACUAAAAGGAGCAGUAGGCUAAAUUUCGAGGAAAUUCCCCCUGCCCUAAGCCCCUCCCAAACAAAGGGCAAAUAUUGUGAUAUUCCUGGUUGGCAGCUACAAACUAUCCAGUAUUGGUGUUUUUUUAUGAUAUUCCUGAUGUAAGUCACUACGGAAAAUGUUCAUCUUUUGUAUAGCCUUGCUGAGCGUUUGCUAGAAUGUUUCCUUGGUGGAGCUGGCAUAUUCCUUAGCAGCUGUAUAUUGCUAGUUUUACCCCAUUCACCUUUACUCUUACCAUGGUUUGUCUGCACUGAAUAAUGUAGCCUACUCGACGUCUAAUAGUACGUACAACAUGUGGGGCCAGAGCAACAGCAACACAGAGACUUCAUACCAUUGUGCACCAAGUGCCCACCUCUCAGGACAUCGUCCUUAAAGCAAGUCGGACUUAUUGCAUUGAAGUUAAAUUGUGAGCCAAUCUCUUGUGGUGUUCUGUCUGCCAGUUUACUUUCACACUUGCAUGUCCUUACAUUAAUGGUCCCGAGUCGAAACGCAUUACUCUAAUUUCGCUCCAUUCGUAGGCCUAUUAUAUUGGAAUAAAUCACUAUAUCCUACUUGACUAUUAACCCUAUACUAAACAAUAUAUAUGAUAUAUCACACAUAUCGCGCUAAACAGGAUCUUCACACUUGAUCAGAUAGAAGAGAGAAUCAGAUAAAUUGCCUCUCAUAAGGUCUGCGUAUUCCAGAAAGAAAUAGGCUAAUUCAACUUGCUCUGUCAAUGCUCUGUCAGCUCGCCCGACUGCAUGUCAGGCUACCCGGGGUGUACGUAUCACACAAGGGGACAGAGGGGGAGCUGACUAGAGUGAGUGAUGAUUGGACUAGGUUGUUCUGAGAUCCAGGCUAAAAACGACAGCAAGUUCCUACCCUAUGUUACCUGCUCCACCUCACCGGCUAGACCCGACUCAACAGCAGAAUCCUGCUCUAUAAUAUCUCCUCCACCUCACCUGUUAGGACCUUGACUGAACACAAGGUUCCCUCUCCAAGACCCUUUUAGAGAGGGUGACAUUGACUAUUUACAGCCAAUCAAAAGACAAUUAUCCUAAAAAUAUAUAUUUGUAGUGUACUUUUCUCAUUGUUAAAUAAAUAACAAAAACCUUCCUGGCUCCAAAAGUGGAUCGUUUUAAGAAGCGGUAAUGAACCGGUUGAAUGAAUAAAUUAAAAAGUAAAAGAAGGUAAAAUGUGCAACAUAUAAAAAAAGAAUGCAUUGUGCGAUAUAUUCUUUCUUCAUAUGUCUGGAGACCAUUAGUAUUCUCUGCUCCAACAACUCAACAUAACAGGUCGAUACUAACAUAACAGUUUACACAUGGUUAUGUUUAACCGAUAUUAACACAACAGUUUACCAUACAUGGUUAUGUUUAACCGAAGGAAUAUUUUGUUUCGUAUGCACAUUGUUGUGUGUGUGUUUGUGUGUGACUUCUAUGCAGCUUUAAUGUCCCUAUAUUGUUUGCCAUUUUCUAUGUUUUGACUGAACAGCACCUUUCUACUCUUGCUUCGAAAAGCCCCUCAUACAUUUCAUCACAUGUACUUAAAUUAUCUGCAUUUCAUUCUACCAUGAAUAAAAAAAUAAUUGAUUCUCG